ACCGAUAAUCAGGCGUGGCGCGAUUUGAUUGGUUGCCAGAAGUUGACAACAUGGUCUCUGAAUGAAAGAGAAAUGUCAGUAGUGUUCAUUUGCUUUUUUCUACAAAACUAGCCACAGUCAGUUGAAGUCAUUAAUGAAACAAUAUCAAGGAAUCAUUUAUAUAUUCAUUCGGCAUAAUUUCCCAUAACUUAAAUUUGCUCUGUGCAUUUGUGCAGCUUUGAAGAACGGAGUGGUGCAAAAAUCAGAAAGUCAGAACUCCUCAGAUAUAAGACUGUUGUGACAAUCUGACUUCAAGAAUAUAGAACUAUGAAUCUGCAGAAGAUCGUUAUAUCUGCAUUACUCCACCUAAAUCUGAUAAUUGUUCUCUGCGCAGUGUUUGGGGAAGGAGUGAAAGAGAAAUGUGAUACAUGCAAGGAUAUUGUUGAAAAUUUCAAAGAGGGCCUUGAAAAGACUAGGAAGUCAAAUUUUGGUGGAGGAAAUACUCAUUGGGAGGAAAAGUCAUUGGGUACAUGGGCACAUAGUGAAACCAGACUGAUUGAAAUAUGGGAAAACUACCUAUGCAAAGGGGAUGCAAAAGAAUGUCAUUUUAUGUUGGAGAAACAUGAAGAAGAUAUUGAAAAUUUCUGGUUCAAAGUGCACGCGAAGAAUGAACAAGUUGACAUGCACCAGUGGUUCUGUGUGGAUAGAAUAAAAGUAUGUUGUCCCAGCAACAGUUAUGGUCCCAAGUGUUUACCAUGUGCCGGAGGAAAUGAGAGGCCCUGCAAGGGAAACGGGAAAUGCAAUGGUGAGGGUACCAGAGAGGGUACAGGAAAGUGCGAGUGUGACUCAGGCUAUCAAGGUGACCUCUGCGAUGAAUGUACGGACCAUUACUUUGAGGAGAGCAAGAACGACACUCACACAUCGUGUACGGCCUGCCAUACCUCGUGUAAAACUACUUGCUGGGAGGCAGGACCCAAGGGCUGUGACGAAUGCAAAAAUGGCUGGAAAAUGUCUGAAGAGAACGGGUGUGAAGACGUGAAUGAAUGUGAUGACACCCCUUGUGAGGAAAACCAGUACUGUUCCAACACAGAGGGGUCGUACAACUGUGCCACAUGUCAUAGGUCAUGCACAGGGUGUACAGGGUACGGGGCAAACCGUUGUGUGACCUGUAAAGGCGGAUAUCAACUGCAGGAUGAACACUGUCUUGAUAUAAAUGAAUGCACCGAGGACACAACGCUGUGUUCUGGGGAAAAACAGUCGUGUCACAACAUUGACGGGAGCUACGAAUGUAAAUGUGAGGAUAAUAUGAUCUACGAAGAAGGUGGCAAAAUAUGUAUACCCAAACCUAAAGACCCAUCCAAAGCACCAAAAUCUAAAGAAAAGAAGAAAAAAGAACAUUCAGAAAAAGAUAGACCAGGCCUGCUUAUAUUACUCGGAAUGCUAGUUGUAUUUUACGUUUGCGGCUCAAUUGUUCAGUGGAAUUUUAUAAUUGUCUUCUUCCUUUCUAUUGUGUUUGGAGUGUUUUUGUUCUGGUUUGGAUCCCAACAUGAAUAUGUUUAAUAGAAAUGGAGUGACAGAAUUGAUAAUCCAGUGAAAUUUAAGUAUCUUACAAAUUUUCAGCACAAGUAGUUCUUCUGUUGUUGUUUUUUGAAGUUUUUUGUCAGUGUAUACGGGAUUGUGCAAAACUUUCACCUUGGCCAUAACCCAAAAUGUGUUCAAGAUAUUCACUUGGUACACAAUUGUUGCACACAUACAGCAAGACCCAUAACCGAAAAAUGCUUUAUUAAUAGUUGGAUUAUGCCCCCUUUUUUACUCAAAAACAACCAACAAGCAUAUAGGCAUGAUUUUUGCUCUGAGGCACUUUGUUACCUUAAGGCAGCUUUGUAAGCUAAGUUUUAUAAAUAAAUAUAUAUACAUAUGGAGACUUUUUAUACAACCUAUCUGUAGAACAGUAAUUUUGUAUCACUAAUGAAAUUUAGCAUUUAUGUGUAACUUGUGCAAUUAUUCUACGAGUUCAAUUAAAUUGACAAGCACCAUUUUGUAAGUAAUUCACUGUACAUACAUGUAUGUUUUUAUUUGUUGACCAUAAGACUUGACAAGUUAUUUUCAUAAAGAUAUUUUUUGUUAUAAUGGUUAUAACAAUUGAAACAAGUAUUGUUUAAAUGAAUUGUAUUCAAAGUGACUAGUCAAGUGAUUUGUUUUAAGAUAAUGUUCCAUCAUGACCACCAACUAUAAUCCCAUCCGAAAAUGGUCAUACAAUACUUUGGUGCAUUCAAAUAUGGCACAACAUAUGACAUUUUGUUGGAUAAAUAACAAAAAAUAAAACUAAUUAUUUCAUAUUGCUAGUUGAAUUCACUAACCACUUUAGCAUAUUUCUAAGUGAUAGGUGAAAUAAUUAGUUAUCAGUAAUAUUUUUGUUAGAUUUUUAAAACAGCAAUUAAAAGAGCAUUAAUUAUAAUAUGGAACAGUUUGUAAGCAGGCAGUACAUGUAUAAGUUUCUGCUCAGCCUCAAUUGAAUAAUUUACUAAUUGUUUGCAUAAUAUGUUAUUGAUUUUGAUGCUAUUAAUGCAAACAUGUGUCAGAAUUGUGUGUUAAUUGUGUGCAUUUUUACUCGUAUAUGUUUAUAAUUCAAACAGCCAAAUCGAACUACUAGUAAUUGAUAUUAUUUAUGUAGAGGAGUGUUUUGAUUUGUUUAUAAAGUGAUGCAAGAGCAAAACUAUCAAAAUAUGAUGUGUUUUUAUAUUGUUUUGAUGAAACUAUAACUUUGUAAGAGUAUACAUACAAGUAGGAGUGAAGCAGAUAUGUUUGCUGUUUAAAUGACAAUCAUAUCAUUAUCUGUGUCAUUCUAUGUGUGCAAUAUAUGUAAAAAGUAGUUAAAAUCCCUUAUUUCUUAAACUCCCGGGACCAAACUGGGGAGAAUUUCAUACAUAAGAUUUAUCUCAAUCGUAUGUUUCCUUUAUUUUUGUCCACGUUCUAUAUGCUUAUAAAUUGAUAAUAGUAGAUUGCUCAGAAACAAUGAUUUGGACUUGGUUACAUGUUUUGCUGUCAAAUAAUUUUUCUUUAGCAUCUUGGCCAAAGUUUUUAAUGAACAUAUUCUAUGAGAGAAUGUGCAUCAAAAAAGUGUAGAAAAAGACUUGUUUUUGAAUAACAUUGGAUGUUUUAUGGUAAAAUGAGUUGAGAUUAAAAUUGAGAUUAUUUUUUUUUGAUAUUGGGGCCAGGGGCUGUGAUUAUGAACAAUCUCCAGUCUCUAUCUAUAUUUUCAGACAAGCACUUUUAUUUAAUUACUAAGAAUAAUCUUGAUUAAAUUAUGUUAACAAUUGAUCAAUAACAUAUAGUAAUAAAAUUCAGGAAAUUUCACCAAAGUAACAAUGAAAUAAAUAUUGCAGUUUUGCCACUAACUGAGUCUGAACUGUUUUUGGUAAAGCCCCAGUUAUAGGCUUUUAUGAAACCAUCUUUUUAAAUGAUAUUGCAGGAUAAACACAGUCAUUUCUAAAAUGGAAAAAUGAGGUUUAAUUUUUGCUGUUAUUUAUUGUUUUGUUUUGUUUUCCAGAAAAUGGAGAGGAUACUGAAAAGGAUACAAAGGAAGAAUUGUGACGAAACAUCAGCCAUAGAUACAAAAGUGCAUUAUAUUUAUAUUUCCAAACAUUUCAACUUGCACUGUAAUUUGGCUGUAUGUUAAGCAAUUUUACAGAUAUUUUUUCUGCAUUUUUCUCAUUAGUUUUCAUCUUUGGAAGUUUUAUUCUAAUUGUGAUGUAACCUUAAGCUUAGUUCCUUUAUGCUUAAGUGGUGUAUAUGACAGAUGCAGUUAAAUACAAUUUUCUGUACAUUGUAUAUUAUGGAACUAUACAAACUUUAGGAAUUUUGCAUACAUUUGUAUGUCUGUUAUAUACCAAACAAAAGAGGAAAGGAAAAUUGAAUUAUGCUCAAACAGUUUAUUGUUGUGAACGAAUUAUUUUGGGGUGCAUCAGUAUAUUUUUCUAUGCAUAGAUUAUGGAUUAUUUAAGGCGUCUGGCACUCUGAAUGAAACUAUAACCUGAGUAAUUCAACUCUUACUGAGAAAAUGUCAAGUAGAAUAAACUUUAUUACUUUUGUAAAGAGUUGAUGGGGUUUUUUUCACUUCUCUUAUUGCAUGUAUAGUUUUUGAAUGUAUGUUCUGUUUUAUUGAGACUAUGCAAUACUUUUGCAUAAUUCAAUCUCUUUUUUUCUUUUUGUCAUGUGUUUUACAUGAUUAUGGCGUAACUAUUUUAAUCUAUAUCAAUUCUUCCAUAGUAUACUCAAAGAAUUAUUUCGUAUUCAGUGAGAUAAGAAUGAGAUGAAUUACUCCAAUGGGCAAAUAUAAAGAAAAUCAGCCAUACAAAUUUAUUUUUUUAAUUGUUCACAUGUUGACACAAAACUGGAAUAUAUAGAGGAUAAUUGUUUGUUUCAAUGUCAGAUAGAAAAAUAUUUCACUAAGUGAACCAAAAACGACUUUUCAUGAGUGGCAUAGCCAUGAGUGAAAUAAUCUCUUUAUUUGGUCUUCACAAGGUGAAAUAUCUUGCAAUCAUCCAUUGAAAUAAAGAGUUUUUGUAUGCAUAAAAAGGAUAUUAAAUUUUGUUUUUCAAACAAGCGCGCCAAAUUGCAUGUCAACAAUGUCAUCUCAGAAAUUACUUCAUUGAAAUUCAUUCAGUGCGUUGAGGUUUGAUUUGAGAAUGGGCUAAAAUUUCAAAACAUUAAAAAACAAAAAUUGAUAUUGUCUCUGUUUGAAAAAGUGAAAUAUCAAUUUUAUUUCACUGAUUUAUCUCUAUAAAUCUCCAGAAAGCAUAUAAUAAUAUUUUAAUCAUACUUCUUUGUACCCUGAAAUAUUUUUUUAACGAGUGUGUGAAAGUGAAUGAUGCUGCACAUUUAGAUUGUUUUAGGCCACAUUUGAUUCUGGAAUGAGAAUUUUGAACGUGAAAGUGUUUGAUAUUCUUGUGGAAUGAUGAUUAUGAAAAUAAAAGAUAAAACUCA